GAACAGAGACGCGAAGGAGACCAAGCAGUGAAUUAGAAGCAGCUGAGAAGUGUGCUGGGGUCUGUGGUGCUGGGAAACAGGUUGGAAAAUUGCUAUGGCAUCUGAACUAAAAAUGGUGGCCCCAAUUUGUCUGGUGGAAAACAUCAGGGAAGAGAUGAAAGUGAACAGGGAAGCCAUAGAGAUUCUUGAGAAGAUUUCUCAGCCAGUGGUGGUGGUGGCCAUUGUUGGACUGUAUCGUACAGGGAAAUCCUACUUGAUGAACCGCCUGGCUGGACAGAACCAUGGCUUCCCACUGCGCUCCACUGUUCAAUCUAAAACCAAGGGCAUCUGGAUGUGGUGUUUGCCCCACCCCAUCAAGCCGGACCUCACCCUGGUCCUUCUGGACACUGAGGGUCUGGGAGAUAUGGAAAAGGGUGACCCUAGGAAUGACUCCUGGAUCUUCGCCCUGGCCCUGCUUCUGAGCAGCACCUUUGUCUACAACAGCGUGGGCACCAUCAACUGCCAGGCCCUGGAGCAGCUGCACUAUGUGACAGAGCUCACAGAACUAAUCAAAGCAAAGUCUUCCUCAAAUUCUGAUGGAGUACAAGAUUCUACGGAGUUUGUGAGUUUUUUCCCAGACUUCAUCUGGGCUGUACGGGAUUUCACUCUCCAGCUGAAGCUGGGUGAUCAUUUCAUCACAGCAGAUCAGUAUCUGGACAAUGCCUUGAAGCUGAUUCCAGGUGAGAAUCCCAGUGUACAAGCAUCUAAUCAUGCAAGGGAGAGCAUUCGGAAUUUCUUUCCAAGUAGAAAGUGCUUUGUCUUUGACAGACCAGCAAAUGACAAAAAUCUCCUCAUCAAUAUUGAGAAUGUCCCCGAAGGCCAACUGAAUCCUAAAUUCCUGGAACAAACAAAGAGUUUCUGUUCUUAUGUCUUCACCUGUGAAAAGAGCAAGACUCUCAGAGAGGGAAUUGUGGUCACUGGGAAUCGACUGGGAGCUCUGGUGGAGACCUAUGUGAAGGCCAUCAACAGUGGGGAAGGGCCUUGCUUGGAGAACGCGAUGUCCACUCUGGCCCAACGUGAGAACGCAGCAGCCGUGCAGAAGGCAGCCGGCCACUACAGUGAGCAGAUGGCCCGGCAGGUGCAGCUCCCCACAGACACGCUCCAGGUGCUGCUGGAUGUGCACACGGCCUGUGAGAAGGAGGCCAUCUCGGUCUUUAUGGAGCGCUCCUUCAGGGACGAAGAUGGGAAAUUCCAGAAGCAGCUGGUGAAAAUAAUAGAGAAUAAGAAGGAGGAUUUCUUGCUGAAGAAUGAAGAAGAAUCUGAUCAAUACUGCCAGAAAGAGCUGAAUUUUCUUUCUAAAGACUUAAUGGAAAACAUCUCAGCAGGCAGUUUCUCUGUUCCUGGAGGGCACCAGCUAUACAUGGACAUGAGAAAAAAGUUUGAGGAGGACUAUUGCCAAGUGCCUAGGAAGGGAGUCAAGGCAGAAGAGGUGCUCCAAAGGUUCAUGCAGUCACAGGUGGCAAUAGAAGAAUCCAUCCUGCAGUCAGAUAAAGCUCUCACUGACCAGGAAAGGGCCAUGGCAGUGGAGAAAGCCCUGAAGGAGGCAGCUGAGAAGGAACAGGAAAUUUUAAAAGUGAAGUUACUGGAGGAACAGCAAAUGAAAGCAGCUCUAGAGAGGACCCUCAAGGAAAAUAUGGAGCAACUGGAAAAGAAGCUACUGUUGGAGAGAGAAAACCUCCUCAGAGAGCAGAAAAUGAUGUUGGAGCAACUAAUGAAGAUCAAAAUGGAUCUGCUUAAAGAAGGAUUUAAGAAGAAAUCUGAGGCAAUGAAUAAAGAAUUAAAGCAUUUGAAAAAGAGAGUCAAAACUACAGAAAGCGAUAAUGAUCCGUUUAUUACACGAGCCUUGGGUAACGUGGGUGAUGGGACAACUGCAGUACUGAGUGCUCCUGGUAAAGUUAUUGGUAAGGUUUUCAAGUUGUUGGGCUCACUUUUUAAGUAAACUUUGAUCUUCUUUUAAGAAAAUUAUAGAUUAUGGAUGUACGUGUUGGCCUAUUCUAGAGCACAUGUUUUUCAUUUUCAUUCAGCAAAAUUUUAGAUAUAUAAGUUGCUUAUUAGGGUGUAUCUGUGUCUGGACCAUGUUAAAACAAAUGCCUGUACCUGUUGACAGAUGAUAUUUGCUUUUAGGCAACACACACUGGAGAUUAUAUAUAUAUAUAUGAAAGCAAUUGAAAUAUAGCUUUCAACUGCAAAAAUUGGAAAUUACUUCAAUGUCAUCUGCAUAAACUCAUAAUAUAAAUUUUAUUAUUUGUUAAUAUUGGUAUAUAGGAAAUGAAAUGAUAGUGGAUCUCUAUUUCACUAAGUAUAGAAUGAUCUUGAGGAUAUAGUAAAUUUAAAAUAAAAAUUAAUUAAAACUGUCCCAAAUCAUAUAUAUAUAGUUGCAUCAAUAUUAUACAUAACAUUAUUAUUGUAAAACACGUAUUUACAAGUAAAAUAUCUUUUGAAAGUUUAAUGAGACACUGGCAUCUUAGGCUCUUUUAGGGAAGAAAGUGUAGAAAUCAACAGUGGAAAUGACACAUAAAUUUCAUUACACAGUCUGUUUUUGUAUUUGUGAAGAAAUCUUGUAUUACAAAAUUUGGAAAUGCUGUAAAAAAUUUGAACUAUAAUACUAGUAAUGACAAUGACAGUCGAAUUGGCUAGUAGACAAUGACAUUUCUCAUUCCUUCAAGAAAUGACCCCUGCCAGCUCAAUGAGAGAUCUAAGACUAAGAUAUGAGUACAAUAAAGCAUAAAAUUUGCAUCCUAAUUCUAGUUUUUUGAGGAAUCUCUGCACUGAUUUCCAUAGUGGUUGUACCAGUGUACAC